AUGGCUAAUCCCUGUCUCAUAUCAACCAUCGCUCUCUCUUUCGCUCCAAAACGUGUCGUCUCCCACAAGAUGGAGGGUCCUCCCAUGACGUUUGUCUUUCACCAUGGUGGGUUGUUUAGGACGGGUGAGGAUGGUGACAUGGUUUAUGAACCUGAUAACACAGAGGUAUUGAUGGGUGUCGAGGGAGACACACUUGAUGUGUUUUUCGUGAGGGGUUACUAUAAGGAGCUGGGAUACAUUGAGGCUGGCAAUUGUUGGUGGAAAGUUCCUGGAGUUCCAAUUCCAUUUGGGUUGAAGAAGUUGGAGAAUGAUGCUGACUUGAUUGCAAUGUGCAAGGAUUGUAGGAGGAACCACCACUUGAUCAACCUAUACUUUGAGGACUGCAUCUCACAGCCCUGUGUAGUGGACAACAGAGGGGAAGGUGUACCUCUACUGGAAGCAGGAACUAGUAAGGAGAAGAAGUUGAGUUCCCAGGCCAAGAUGCAUCACUCCCAAACUGUGAAAACUCCUACAAUAAACCACCCUCAGCCAAGGAAAGCAACCUAUGAGCCCACUAAGGCAGCCUCACAGCCCAGUAGGCCCAAAGCUCAGCCCAGUAAGCCCAAUCCUCAGCCCAUGAAGCCAUCCUCACAGCCCAGUAAGCCCAAUAAGGCUUUUUCUCAGCCCACCAAACCAACACAUCAAGCCUCAAAGACCACCUCUCAGCCCAUAAGGACUCCCUUGCAGUCAACAAAACUCCACCCUCAACAAGCCAAAAGCAACAGUCAGGGGAAGACAGUCCCACAUCAUUCCAAAACCUCCUCUCAACCAGGCAAAACUCCAGAAACUAAUAAGAAGAAAGGAAAUAGCAGUGCAUGCAGAGUAACAAGAUCCGGAAGAAUUGUAAGAGAAGGUCCCAUCGAGGAUGAAGAUUCUGACUCUCAUGACUCGUAUGAGAGUACUGAAGAUGAGUUGUACAAGCCUGCAAAGGUUGUAGGAGAUAGUUUAUACAGCAGUGAAAGUGAUUCUGAUAGUGGAAAAGGGUCAGAAAGAAAGCAAAAGCAAGCUGAAGCAAAGGAGAAGCAUAGGCCUCCUAAGUCUAGACUAGCAGAUAAAGAAAUUGACACUGAUGACUCAAGUUAUGAGGGUUUCGAAGAUGAAGAAAGCUCUGAAUCUGAUGUAGACGAAGAUGAUGAUGAUCUUGGAAGUUUGUCAGAUCCUGACUCAUGGCAUUCAGAGGAUUCGGGGAAGGAGUUAGAGUCUGAUGAGGAGACACCUCCUGUUUAUCCCCAGUACAAUGCAAAAACCAAAUUUGGAAACCUAAAGUUUGAGGUUAGUAUGACUUUCAAAUCAAAAGCUGAAUUUAUACAGGCCACUAGGGAUUACACUAUCCAGCGGGGCAGAAAUAUAUUAUUUACCAAGAAUGAUAGAGUUAGGGUUAGAGCUGUUUGUAAGUCAGAUGAUUGUCCCUGGGUGGUUUAUUGUGCUUGUAACAGUAAAGAUUUGUCUUGGCAAAUUAAAACGUUAGUUGAUAAUCACACCUGUCCUAGAAAGAGGAAAAAUAGGGCUGCAACCCAAACCUGGACACUUAGCAAGCUAGUACCUAAGCUUAGAAAGCACCCAACUAUGAAGCAUCGAGAGGUGUAUGAUUGGUUUGUCCGAAAGUGUAAUGUGUACCUCAAUAGCACCUGCAUCACCAGGGCACUAAAGGCUGCUAGGAAAAUUGUAGAGGGUGAUGAGAUAGCCCAGUAUGGUUUGGUGUGGGAUUAUGCAAACGAGUUACUUACUAGCAAUCCAGGAUCCAGAGUGCAAGUUGGUGUGAUCCCAAUGCCUGAGAGUUCUCCACUAUUUGAUCGGUUCUAUGUGUGUCUUGAUGCUUGCAAAAGGGGGUUUAAGGCAGGUUGUAGACCGCUAAUUGGACUAGAUGGUGCCUUUCUGAAGACACUACACGGGGGCCAAAUUCUGACAGCUUGUGGACAAGAUGCUAACAAUCACAUCUUUGUGAUUGCAUAUGCAAUUGUCAGUGUGGAAAACAAGGAUAAUUGGCAAUGGUUUUUGGAACUGCUUCACAGUGAUCUAGGUGACUACAGAGAGCACAAAUGGUGCUUCAUCUCAGAUAUGCAGAAGGUAAUAAUUUCUGUAAGGACUAAUUUGAUUUAAGUAUUCUUCUUUGAAGGA